CAACUCGACGAGAGCCAGAGUUGCUCCAUCGUGCCUCAACGAAAGCAUUCAGACGCCAUGUCCUCAGUCGAACACCCGAGAGCGCGACAGCCACGAAGCGGUUGUCCUCGUCGCAGAAUCGGCGAAAGAGCAAGAGCAUGGACCGUAGAACGCGACGCGUCGCCAGCGAAGAGGCGGCAAUGCAAUGCUACAACACGUGAAUCACACUGCUCGAGAUGACCUACGAUGUUCCACCAUUAGCUGCGCCUGCCCAUACCACGACGAACAACACGUCAACAGCAUGAAGCUCGCCGAAGACGCAAGCCGAGGCCGGCGGCUGAGUGGACUUAAAUGUCUAAGUCCUUUGCAGCGAGCGCUGAGCGUGCCGAUCUUGCGCCUUUGCCGCGCAUCUGCGAGCCCGCCUGACUGUUCUGCACGCAAGGGCUGAUAGGAACAGUGGUAGGUCAGGAACACAAACGAUAUAGGCGCGAGCGCGGUGAAGACAUAUCUCCGGCGACAUUGGGCAUGGUAGCACAGCUACGGAUUUGGCCGCUGUGUAUAGCUAUAUUGUCAAGCAGGCUGCUUGCUGGAUACUGACUUCUAAUUGUCGACAAAUACAGCUUCGAGACUGGCCCACGAUCAGUGUCAGCCAGGUUUUCUCGUACACCAGAAGCCUCGAUUCAUGGCUUCAGGCAUAUCGCACGAAGCAUGACCAAAGCAGUGAGCAGCACGCACGGAGAUGAACACUCAGGUCAGGCCACCGAUACAGCGGAAGUCGAUACUGCAGAUGCCGAGUCGCAGAUCCAACACACGUCCACUCAUGCAGUACCGGAAAGCCAUCACUCUGGCAAGGAGCUGGCACAGGGAGAUGUACCCAUCGACCAGCCACGCGAAGAGAGCGUGGACCCGAUAGCCAAAGAAGACUACUCGACCUUCACAGUUGGCCAGAAACGAGCGAUCGUUCUCGCUGGCUCAUUUGCUGGCUGGUUCAGCCCAAUGACUGGAUCCAUCUAUUUCCCAGCUCUGUCACUGAUAGCGAACGACUUGAAUGUUUCGGACUCGCAGAUCAACAUCACUGUAACCACGUAUCUGAUCAUACAAGGCCUGGCACCAAUGAUGAUCGCCGGGUUUUCGGACAGAGCUGGGAGAAGGCCAGCAUAUAUCAUCUGCUUUACAGUGUACAUCGUCGCCAACCUCGCGCUUGCCCUCCAGGACAGCUAUGUCGCGCUGUUGGUACUGCGAAUGCUUCAAUCUGCAGGCAGUAGUGGCACUAUCGCACUAGCGAACGGCCUCGUGGGCGAUUGCAUUACCUCCUCCGAGCGUGGACAGUACAUUGCUUGGGCAUCGCUUGCAAGUAUACUGGGCCCUACAGUGUCACCACUCAUAGGUGGACUGCUUGUCCAAUACCUCGACUGGCAUUGGAUUUUCUGGUUCCUACUGAUACUCUCCGGCGCUACUUUUGUCCCUCUCUUUCUGCUCCUCCCGGAGACUUGCCGGAACAUUGUCGGCGACGCGUCCGUGCCACCGCCUUGGUCAAGCUGGAACCUGACAGACAGCAUUCGACACAGACAUCGUGCCCAGAGGGGAAUUGAAGUGGAUCAAGAGAAGCUCGAAAAGCUACGCACAAACUACAAGCUCACAAUUCCCAAUCCGAUAUCGACACUUGUGGCCAUGACUGACCUGGAAACUGCACUCAUCCUACUUGCCACAGGACUGGCAAUGUCUCUUUACUAUGCCUUGUCGACAGGCGUAUCUGAGGUCUUCUCCAAAGUGUAUGGCUUUGACGAGCUUCACAUCUCACUCAUUUUCAUAUCGAUCGGCGGAGGCAGCAUCGUCGCCGCCUUCUCCACCGGGUUCCUCGUUGACUGGAACUACCGACGACAUGCAAAGCGGCUCAACUUUCCCAUCGCGAAGAACAGAGAAACAGAUCUCUCGAACUUCCCAAUCGAGCUCGCGCGAAUGCAGAUCGCGCUUCCCAUUCUCAUCUGCGGCGCCCUCGUCACGCUUGGCUACGGCUGGAUGCUCGAUCACAAAGUUUCGCUGGCAGGGCCAGUUGUCUUGCUCGCGCUGUUCGGUUACUGCAUCACAGCUGGCUUCCAAGUUCUGAACGUCCUCAUGCUCGACAUCUAUCCCGGACAACCGGCUACAGCCACAGCAGCCAACAAUGUUUUCCGAUGUCUGCUGGGCGCCGCGGCAAGUGCUGCAAUCACCCCGAUGGGCAAUGCGAUUGGUCGCGGCUGGGCGUACACGAUCCUCGCUGUGCUAUUCCUGCUUUCGAUACUGGGGCCGCUCGCGGCUGUGAAGUAUGGCAUGAAGUGGAGACGGGAGAAGAAGGAGAAAGAGGCGAGGAUACGACAGGCCAAGGCGGAGAAGAAUAGUGGCUAGACCGAGGAUACUGACAGAUUCUCCAGAGACGGAUCGCUGGAAUGCGUACCAUAGGCUCUUCGCUGUAUCGGCUUCGAAUGAAUGGCGGGUGAUAUUUCAGUCUGCUGGUGAAUCGAGCCGCAUUCAUCAUCACGGCCCCGAAUUCAGACUUGGGACACGGCAGAUCGCUCGAAAGUAUUGUGAACCGGUAAUACAUCUGAACAUUCCACAUCGUCUGGGCCUCUCUUAGCGCGCUGUUCAGUCGGGUGUACCGAUGUGACAGAACACAUUCUCACGAGCCGCGCUUGGCGCUUAUGUAUGAGUAGCACCCACCAGGCCAUGCUCCCCCAAAUGGCACCAUUCAGCAUCGAGCAAGUUCUAUUCGAUCGGCAAAAUGCGCAGCAG